AUGUUUCUCCCAGCGUCUCGUGUGCUGAUUGCGGCAUUUCUUGCGGGGAGUUUAGGCCACCGCGGACUAAAAAAACAAUCGCUUGACGUAUCGGGUGCGGUUGCGGCCUGCUUUGUGGGUUUCUUCACGCUCGCAUCAGGCUACAGAUUCGGCCUUCUGCUUCUGGGUUUCUACUUUUCCGGCAGCAAGCUCACAAAGGUGCGUGCCACCGUCAAAAAGCAGCUGGACGCCAACUACAAGACUGGCGGACAGCGAUCCGCCCGUCAGGUGCUAGCGUGCAGCCUCCUGGCUACAUCUAUCUCCGUUUACUCCGUCGCUUGUUACGGGGACGAUGACAAACCCAUCGAUUUUAUGCGUGCUCCAGGGCAUAGCUAUCUACUGGCCAGUUUCAUUGGACAUUAUGCGUGCUGCACGGCCGACACAUGGGCUUCUGAAAUUGGCGUGCUUAGCAAAAGCGAGCCGCGGCUAAUCACAACGUUACGAAGGGUGCCGCCUGGUACGAAUGGCGGCGUGUCUGUGCUAGGUCUGGUCAUGUCGAUGCUAGGUGGAGCAUUUGUUGGCGCUUUGUAUUAUGUGGGUAGUCUUGUCUCCGGGACGGCACAAUUUAAUGUCAUCACGCUGGGUGCUGCAACUGGACUAUUUGGCUCCGUUUUGGACUCGUUUCUAGGCGCCACGCUGCAGGCUACCCGCUACGACCGGUCCUCACGAUAUAUUUGCGAUGAUUCCAAAACGAAGGGCAAUGUAGAGCAUGUAUGUGGCUUCGACCUAAUGAGCAACGAACAGCUCCAGGUUGCGGAUAUGUACUCAGCAUUCAAAAUUAACAGGAUCGGUCUGCAAAUGUAG